GUGUUUCUGGAGUUGUCACUCAAUAAAGUCUCGCCAACACAGCUCCCACUCAUUUCACAGCCCACAAGCACAGAGAGGAACAUCUGCUGUCACUGUGAUCCAUCAAGCCUGCUGAAUUAACUAAAAUGGCCACUCAAUCUCCAUCAAAUGAAAGUAUCCCCAAUCAAACCUGCAAUGUAUUCACUUACAAGGAAUCAUCUCGCAUUUUCUUUCCCAUCUUCUACAUCAUUGUGCUUGUCAUCAGCGUUUUAGGCAACAGCCUAGUCCUGUACAUCACUAGCCAAAAGAAGAAGAAGUUCAACUCCACCACACUGUACCUGAUCAACCUGGCAAUCUCUGAUACCCUUUUCACUCUUGCUCUUCCCGGUCGGAUCACGUACUACAUCCGUGGUUUUGACUGGCCCUUUGGAGAUCUCCUCUGCAGGCUCACUGCUGUUAUCUUUUAUUCAAACACCUACACGGGGAUUGCUUUCAUGACCUGCAUCAGUGCUGACCGCUACCUGGCCAUGGUGCAUCCACACAGAUGUCUCAAACUGAGGAGCCUGAAGGUGGUGCGAGGCAUCUGCAUCCUAGUCUGGGCAAUUGUUUUUCUGGAGACAUCUCCUAUGUUCUUCAGGAGCAUGUUAAAGGAGUGGGAAGGUCAGCAAACAUGCAUGGAGUAUUCCAACUUGGACGAAUCUCCUAACACCCCAUAUUUGCUUUUGCUUGCAUGUGUUAUUGGGUUCUGUGUGCCUCUGGGACUUAUCCUGAGUUGUUACAGCCAGAUCAAUUCCAAGCUUUCCAAGAUGGCCAAGGAGAACCCUAUGACUGGCAAGUCAGGAAAAAGCAGCAGGGCGAAAAACAUAAUAUUGCUGAUUUUGUUGAGCUUCAUGCUGUGCUUCUGCCCCUACCACAUCAAUAUCAUGCAGUUCAUGGUGCGCAGACUUCUCCAUAAGCCUUCUUGUGAGGAAAAGAAGGCCUUCAAGAUGUCUCUUCAGAUCACUGUUUCCAUGAUGAACCUCAACUGCUGCCUGGAUCCGGUCAUCUACUUUUUUGCAAUUAAGACGUACAAGCAGAGAGUAAUGAGUCUUUUUAAAGGUUAUAUGCCUGGGUCAAUUUCCUCAAAGGGUAUGCCUGAUAACAGCACCAGCAACACUUGAGAACCAUCCUAUUUAAGUAGCUAGAGCAAAACCAAUGCUGAAUUAUUGGAAUCUAACAAUCUGAAAAAUAAAAAUGAAUUUUUUAAAAAACAAUAAUUCUGAUAAAUGAAUUAUGUAAGAAGGAUUCCCCCUAUAUUUUAUAAGUGACUGGCACAUUGGCAACAUGCUGUUAACCCAUUACUAUCUGUUAACUGAUGAAAAUGAUCCAAUUGAAUAUCAUUUCACUGUCUUUGACUCUGUCCUUAUGUGAAACUAGGACCAGUUUUCCUUAAUUUUCUUUUUUUUGAUACUGAAAAUUCCACAAUAGUGCCAAGAUCACUAUAGUAUUAAGAUUCUAUUCAUUUGUUGACUGAGGACACAAAUGUAUGCUUUAUUAUCUUUAUAGUAUAUUGUUACUUUGUCCUCUGAUUUCUUUUCUGGAAAUUAUUGUUUGAAGAAGUACAGGAGGAACUAUGAUGAACAGACUGUGAAUUGAUUACUGUUGGCUUGUGAAUUAUUAAACGCAUGAUUAUUUAGAGGGUUAGUUUAACAUUUUUGUCAAAGAACCAUUUUUGGAAAAUGCUGCAAGGAUAUGAAAUGUAAAACAUAUAAAAAACUUUUGACACACAACACAUUCAGCUUAUAGUAUAUGCCUACUAGUAUGUUCAGCUAUAUGCCUACCAGCAGAGGUGAAAGUAUGAAUAAUUGGUCAAAACCCUACUGAGGAUUAAAGUAGAAGUAUCCAGCAAAAAUAUAGUUACUGCUCAAAAACGGUUGCUGCUUUUAACUGUACUUAAGUAGUAAAAUGUAAGAAGUAAAUGAUGAAACUGUGAAGGUAAAUAUGUGGCAGCAGAUUUUUAUUGACAUGAUUCUUGAUUUUUUUUUCUACACUGAUGAAUUUAAUUCAAUGCCCAUUUGAUUGAUGUACAGCAUACAGUCAUUGGCUGAAUGACAGAAGAGACCUUCAUGGUUUGUUAUGUGUACUUUCAAAGUUUAAAUAAAAAAUAAGUGUGUGUGUGUUUUUUUUAAUUGUAAUUAAGUAAAUGCACCAAAAAUACUGCAUAAGUAUUGCAAAGAAGUACAAUUACUCAAGUAUUUUCCACCCCUGCCCUCCAGAAGAAAUCAGUCCUACCCUAGGAGAUGUUGAAUCUACUCUCUUUUGUCAUGCAAUCAAGAAACAGCAACCAACAGGUUUUUAAUUUAUUAGGGGUUUUUUCCAUUAUCUUCUUAUACAUAACAUUUUACUACUGUAAGAAUAAUGAACAUUUAUUGACAUUUCAGAAUCAACACAUCACAAAGCAGAUUUUACUGGUACAAUGAAAUAUGGAGACGUGCCCCAUCUUUGCAGCUUUAGCAAAGAGGGUCAGUCUUUAUGUGGACGAUGGAUCAGUGAUCAGCAAACUGUGAAUAGAAUGUGUAAUACUUUUCAAAUGUGUCAUGUGCCACUGCUUUAUUUUCUGUAUUUUUUUCUUAAUGGUUGCUGUAGACUUUUUCAGCAAUGCUUGCAAAUUUUAAAAAGCUUGUACACUCUAAUAUCACAAUAUUAAUAAA